AUGACGGUCAAUACUCAUGCCCACGCUCCCCUCCCUACUCACACGAAAGCGAGCUCCUCACCCUCAACCACCGAAGCCCUCACCAUCUCCAAAGGCACCACCAAGAUCAAAAUCUCGACCGGCACCCUGCUCACCUUCCCCCUGCCCCUCCUCUCCCCCUUCGACACGCUCACGCACCUCGACCUCUCCAACAACCCCUCGCUCUCCCACCUCCCCGCCUCCAUCGCCCGCCUGCACAAGCUGAAAAUCGCCUUCUUCUCCUCCUGCGCCUUCACCACCUUCCCCGCCGCCCUGUCGCAAUGCCGGUCCCUGGAAAUGGUGGCCUUCAAGAGCAAUGGCAUGGUCUCGAUCCCGGAGCACGCGUUCCCGCGGAAGCUGCGGUGGUUGAUCCUUACGGAUAAUCGGCUGCAGGAGCUGCCGAAGAGUAUUGGGCUGUGUGCCGGCUUGCAGAAAUGCAUGCUGGCCGGGAAUCGACUGAGGGGGCUCCCGGGGGAGAUGAGCAGGUGUAGGAAGUUGGGGUUGUUGAGGCUUAGUGGGAAUCAGUUGGGGGAGGUCCCGGAGUGGGUGUGGGGGUUGCCGGAGUUGAGCUUUUUGAGUUGGGCGGGGAAUCCGUGUUUAGUUGGGGGAGGUGGGAGUGGAGGUGGAAAUGGAAGUGGGAAUGGAAGUGGAGGGGAUGAAACGGUGUUGGAGGACAUUGCGUGGGAGGAUUUGGAGAUUCAACAUGUGCUUGGAGAAGGUGCCAGUGGUGUCAUCUCCAAAGGCAUAUGGAAACGCUCUUCUUCCCCAUCCCCAUCCCCCGACCAAGCCAAAACCCCAGACGUAGAUCUACCCGUCGCCGUAAAAGUCUUCAAAGGCGCCCUCACCAGCGACGGCUCCCCCCUC